GGGUGGAAGCAUCUCACUGGUGACGGGUCUGAAAGCACGUGGCUACGUCAUGGAAAGCCAGUCUUUUCAAUGCAAACUUCAACCCCUCCUCCUCCCCCUAAUGCCGGUAACUCACAUCCAAGGCUGGGCGAGGAAUCCGGAGGGGAGAUUUUCCUCAUGCUCACCGUUGUUGGAAACUGGGAGAGAGAGAGAGGAAGGCGGCAGGGGAUCCGAAGCGCUCUCUACCUACUACCAGCCUGACCAGGGGAGGAGUCACCUAGAUUUGCAUCUUUUCUUCGUGGUGGUUGAGAACUGCAGGUUCAAUCCGAUCCCCCUGAGCACUGGCGCUUGAUUAUAAAAAAAAAAAAAAUCGACACUGGGAGAAGGGAGGCUGUGUCUUCGGCUGUCAGACUCGGAGGUGGUAUUGGUGUGUGUAUGUGUGCUGGUGGUUUUUUUUUUUCUUUUUCUUUUUCUUUUUUCUUUCUUUCUUUCUUUCCUUUUUUUUUUUUUUCCUUUCCUUCUCUCCUAGGGACUACACAAUGGCAGUCUUCUCUCAGUGAGAUGAAUCCUGCUUUGACUCCUGCAGACUCACCCAGCCUCAUAGCGAUCAACUAAAAGGCUAUGGUUUUCUCUUUGGGGAUCUUUUGUGCAUUACUGUUCUCCCUGAUUAGUUCUGGUCUCAGUUGGGAUUUCUUUGCUUUUUUGUUUGGCUUCAUGCUGAAAAAGGAUUUUUUUGCCAACCCUUUGGUAAUAAUCCAGUGGUGAUCAAGGGGAUAAAUCAUUCACCCUGGCCGAAAAAAAACAAUCUCUGAGAAGUCUCAAAGAAAUAUACCACGUGAGGGGAAAAAACUGGGAGAAGAUCCGGAAUAUUAUCGUUUUUCCUAUGGUAAAACCGGUGCCCCUCUUCAGGAGAACUGAUUUCAAAUUAUUAUUAUGCAACCACAAGGAUCUCUUCUUUCUCAGGGUGUCUAAGCUGCUGGAUUGCUUUUCGCCCAAAUCAAUGUGGUUUCUUUGGAACAUUUUCAGCAAAGGAACGCAUAUGCUGCAGUGUCUUUGUGGCAAGAGUCUUAAGAAAAACAAGAACCCAACUGAUCCCCAGCUCAAGGGUAUAGUGACCAGGUUAUAUUGCAGGCAAGGCUACUACUUGCAAAUGCACCCCGAUGGAGCUCUCGAUGGAACCAAGGAUGACAGCACUAAUUCUACACUGUUCAACCUCAUACCAGUGGGACUGCGCGUCGUGGCCAUCCAGGGAGUGAAAACAGGGUUGUAUAUAGCCAUGAAUGGAGAAGGUUACCUCUACCCAUCGGAACUUUUUACCCCUGAAUGCAAGUUUAAAGAAUCUGUUUUUGAAAACUAUUAUGUAAUCUACUCAUCGAUGCUGUACAGACAACAGGAAUCUGGUAGAGCCUGGUUUUUGGGAUUGAACAAGGAAGGGCAAGUUAUGAAAGGAAACAGAGUAAAGAAAACCAAGGCAGCAGCUCAUUUUCUACCCAAGCCAUUGGAAGUUGCCAUGUACCGAGAACCAUCUUUGCAUGACGUCGGAGAAACGGUCCCAAAAGCCGGGGUGACGCCGAGUAAAAGCACAAGCGCGUCUGCAAUCAUGAAUGGAGGCAAACCAGUCAACAAAAGUAAGACGACAUAGCCAGAUCCUCACAGGUGUUGUGACUGACUCGCCCUGAGCACCGUUGAGUGAUUUAUCCUGGCCACAGCCUCCUGUUCCGGGGCCCAGGAGCAGCUGGCAGUAAGCAGACGCUUGCUCCCCGCUGGCUCGAACUUCUUGGUCGCAAGUGGAUAAAUCUCAACGUGUUGUGCCCUCACAACAAGAAGACACCUGGAUAACCAGCUCAACUCAGACCAUGGAAUGCCCUACCAGAUAUGGAAUGCCUUUUUAAUAUCUUUUCUGUGACUGUGACACUUCACGUGAAUGACCUACUUCACAAGUCCACUCGAUACCUUGCCUGCUGACAGCUCCCCAUAUUCCUUUUUGAGUCCCGUUUCGGCGAAUUCCAUGUGUUUAAGUUCGAUUUUGUAGCACACAGAUACUCUUGAGUAAUUUCUAGUUAGAUGCUGUAAACCUGUGCUAUUAUGGAGUUCUCUUCUUCCCGUUUUUACAGGGCUGCUGGCUCCACUGUCUGUGACCUUUUGCAGGGAUUGUGUUCCUCUCAAUCGUAACUUGUAGCGGUUGGCUUAGUUUGGAGAGCGAUCAGGGAAACAGAAAGCCUUCUAAACCUAUUAUGACACAUUGCAUCUAUAACGAUUAAGAGUGUUGUCUCUGGCUCACACUACUGAUGAAACACACAUAUAUGCUCUGUCCAGUAGCAGAUACUGUGCUCCCAAGGCCGCGUGGCCGGGCUGAGAAAUGGGGUCAAACGCAGUCAUGGGAAGCGCUCUAUGAUCUGGGUUUGACAUCCCCCUUAGUUUCUUUGUGUGUGUGUGUGUUUUAUACAUAUCACAAGCUUACUGGUAAUGGUAACAUUUGCCUUGCCCAGCGAGCAAGACCCACUGGUUUUUGAGAAAGUGGGUCCAAAGAACUCUGUAGGCCUUGUAGGCCUGAUUAAGGUUCAUUUUCAUCUAUGAAUCCUCAUUAUUUGGAAAAAAGGAAAAAAAAUCAAUAAUUACAACCUACAAGAAUUGCGCUACCUAAAUCCAUUUCAGAUAGAAUCCUUCCUGUUUUUAAUGAACCAAACUUAAUGCCAUCCCUGGUUUGGGCUGCAUUCCACUCAUACUCAGCAGAGCAUGGGCAAGGCGGCUGUUGUGUUCUUUUCUGCAGCAGCAAUGCAAACGUUAGUUAUAAAUUAGACUUUAAUAUUUUUGGUGUUUAACAAGUUUUUAAACUGGACAUAUUAGGAAAAAAAUAUUUUUUUUAGCUCAGCAUGCUGAGUCAGGUACUGUGUAAUUCACCAGUCCAUACCUCUGACUCAGCUUCUCGGGCCCCUGUGGCCCAAUGGCUGAGUUAGAGGUGCCUUGCCAUGAUCUCAGAAUGCAGUCUGUUGAAUUAUUCUAGAUUAAAACUAAAGACAAACCAACAUGUUCAAACAUCAGGUUUUCGGUCCAUCUGAUUUUUUUUUUUUUUGCUGUUCUUUGAUUUUGCUUAACUAACUUCCUUUGGAAUUUAAUACUGCUGAAUUCUGAGCUUAGGGAAGACAACGACUAAGAAAGUCCAUGAAUAGUUGACUCCACAGUGAAGAAACCAUGCAAAAUGUUCAAUAUUGGAUAUAAAGAGUUUCAAAAUGUUAGAUACUAAGCUGUUUGUUUGGAAAUAUAUUUGUUAACUCUGUGUAUACUUAAUAAAUUUCAAUGUUUUCUCCUCAGAAGAGUUAACUGAGACCAAACUGAACCUCAUUUAUAGAAAACUACAUGUGGGAUCAAUGAACUGGCCUCUUGUUAUUAUUUCCAUGUGGAAGGAUGACCCAGUCGCCAUUUUCUCCCAUCUGCAUUGUAUUUACUGGGAAAUUAUUUUGUCACUGCUUUCCUAAGUCUCCAUGACAGCCCUUGCCCAGCAUUUAAAAAUUUUGGCCUGCUUAGCUGAUUAAAGAUUUACUAUCAAUUUAACUGUUUAUGCUUAUUUCAUUUUCGUAUUGAAUUCCACUUUAAUAAAUAAAAUGUUAGCAUAAACGUUUGAGUAGAUUUAUUGUCGACAGUGCUAAAGUACAACAAAAUGCUUCUUUUGACCUCUCUUGAUUUCUUGUUACACCAUUUUAAAGCUUAUUAUUUUUAACAGGCUAAGUUAAAAUACAUUAGAUGAAUUUCAUUAACCAAUUGUUUAGGGAAGACAUAUAUUCCAUAAUAUGUGGCGACUUGAAAUUCCAAUUAGAUGGACUUACCUACUGUGCACAGGCGCACACACACACACAUCAAACAACCCCACCUAUAUGUUUUUGGUAAUCAAUCAGCCCUACUUGCUGGUUUCUUUUUCCCCUGUAAGCUUGUUUAUUGGUUAAAAUUAUGACAAGAUUUAUUUUUGUAAGUGACUGAGAUUUCAGUAAAUGUGUACCUCUGUUUUGUUUUUUACAUGAGUUAUCGAUAAGGGCGUUUAUCCCUAUGAAUGGAUGUCAAAAUACUUUCUUCUAAUAUAUGUUUAGACGUAUUGCAGAGGGGUCCUUGUUAUUUGUGAUUUAGUUAGAUCAUUUCCUCUGUGUCUGGUCUGACCUGUUGCAUGGAACGAGGACAGCACUGAUGAACUGCAUGUUGUAGGACCUGUGUAUCAAGAACCAUUGGUGUGUAUUAAUCUACAUACAAAGAGUUUGUCUGCAUUGUACAGUUUCUGUGUUGAAUAUCAUUUGUUGUAUUCAUAAAUACAACAUAUUGAAUAAAAUAUUUAUAUGACGGCAUAUUCAAAAACAUUGAACAACUUUAUGUAAUGAAAUGGCAUUGCAUCACCCACAUAGAGAAAUGUCAUGUAAAUAAGUUUGGUAAACUCAUUUUCCCCCUUUACCAUGCCAAAGAAAAUUUUAGCUCUUUGAUGAUACCUCUCUUGCUAUUUUUCCAGGAUAAGACUCCACCAUUUUCUCCCCUCAAAAAUUGUUUGCUGUUUUAAGUAAGUGCAAUCUGUCACCUUUGGUGUUCUGUACAGUAAAUCUGAUGGAAUUCAUUUGUAUUUAGAGAACACCACAUGUUCUGUACCUCCAUGUACAUAUGUCGAUCUUAUCAACUCUUUCCAAUAUCACAUUCCUUUUGCAUCCAUAUCUGGUGUGAGAGGGUUAUGUCUACUGAUUUGUUAUGGUAGCUGUUCCAUUCAUUCCUCAACAACGCUCUGGAAUGUUCAUUGUUUUGAUAUUUCAGGUGACAUCAUUUUAUUUUCCUGUAAGUUUGCUUUCUAAAAUACUUUGCUACAACUUUACUUGGAAAAAUUAUAGAAGAGAUGCAAAUGGUUCAGCCUAUAUAAAGAGUAAAAUGGAACUGAGCAUCAUGUCAUUACAAAUCUUGGAGAAUUUAGAGAUUCGUGCUCUAAAUGUUCCCUUGCCCUGAGUGUUUGGGGUAAGGGCUGGCUUCAAGAUGGGCCCACAAGACUGCUGCAGUCCGUCUAAUUGUUUGCCUCUUGGAGAGUAAGAAGAGUUUAUCACACCUGGCCAGUUGCUUAAUGAAUGCCUAAAGCACUACAACAGUCUGCUGUUUUCAGGAUGACCAACAUCAGAUUUGGUUCUUUUUUAAAAAACAACAAGAAAAAAACUUCUCUCUUUUUAAGUUAGACAUGUAUCACUUCAUUUAAAGUUUUCUCCCUAAUAUUAGAGUGAGAAUUAACAUUUGAAGGAGAGACCAGAUUGACUAAGAAAUCCAUUUUAGAAGGAAUUGAAAGUCAUUAAAAAUUAUUUUCAAUGUUAUUUCAGAACAAGACUAUACCCAGGGCAAGCUUUUGAGCUAAACGCAGGCAUAUGAAACUCCAGGUGUGAAGAGUAUUCCUUUGGAGUGAAAUACAUUUCAUAGUGUAGCUCUCUUAGCUUACAAAGUGGCACACAGGGCCUGCUGACUCUCUCGAAUACUGAGUAGGGUUUCAAAGGUUUGAUAGUGAAUCUGCAAACAAAGACUGAGUUAUGUUUUUGUUUUUACCUGGUUUUCUCUAUCAUUUGGUCUAAUUCCCACGUUGUGUUUGCAUUUGAGGUCGUGGAGGCCAUUCCUUCCAAUGCGCGGUAGGAAUCUAGAUUAGCUCAGAGUCCAGGAAGACAACAGGAUAUAGUGAUUCUCUUAGAUCUUAGGACAUUAGUAGAAUCUUAUUAAAAAGUCCUUUAUGGAAGAAUUCCUCAGUGAUGGUUAGCCAAGCAAGCAGGGUUGGUGCCAACACCAUCUGCAAACUUGUCGCAUCUUUCCCAGUGGACAUUAAUCCCACCAUAACUGCCGAUCAACUUGAACAAGCCAACAAAAUUUGCAUAUUUUCCCUCCACCUAUUACAAGUUUGUUCUUGCCCUGCCUUUUAUUUGAAGAGGGAGUUUUUAUCUUAGUAAUGGAAUCAAAAGUCAAAGUACAAAAUAACAUUUAAGAAGGUUAGAAUCUAUGUCUUUACAUGUAACUAUGUUUAUUUUUCUCCAACUUAAACAUGUAAAUUAAAUCACUUCUUAAUAGAUCUAUUGAUGUUUCAUUGCUAGAGACAAAACCACACAUAAAAACACGCACAAGAACUGUUAUAGCAGACAGAAAGAGGUAAAAAGAAAAUAUUUCUGUUUUAAAAGAAAAAUAUUCAUUAGAGUUUAGGUACCAUGUGACUUAUGCUAUAAUUCAGCUUUGGUUCAAUAAUUCAUGGCUAAAUGAACCACAGAAUAUAGCUGACUAUAAUAGAUUUUGUCAAAAAAUUUGGACAAAUCACAUUCUGAACUUUAUAAUAAAGUAAUUUCUCCAUAUUUAAACUUCUUAAAGAGCAUAAAUGCUGAGGACAUUUUUCUUACAUGAAAAUAUAAAAAGAGCAGCAUUCUUGUUGCAGGGAUAACAAAUAUAGAGAAUGAGAAGAAAAAUAAGACACACCUAGGGUAACGUGAUGAGACAGGAAACUAAGGGCCGUACCAGUAGAGCAGGAUGGCAAACUACUGCUUAGCUGCAAGCCAAAUACAGCUUGCAAUCUGUUUCUUAUGGCCCAGGAGCUCAGAAUGAGGUUUUUUUAUUUUUUCCAUUUUAAAGUAUUAAACGUGAACAGACAAGAAUCUUCUAUAGAGAUGUAUGUGACCCACAGUCUAAAAUAUUUACUAUCUGGUCCUUUAUAGAAAGCAGGGUUCUGCAAGAGGGGAAACUGAAAGUCAUUUGUAUUAUGAUGGCUGGAUAAGGUAAUGAAUUCCAAUGUUUGUGCAUCAUCACAUAAGGCAUCAAAAUUGCAACUGAACAAUGAUAACAGAUUUGUUUGAGGCUUAAAGUGUUUAGAUAGAGGAGAGGAAAGAGUACAAUCUAUCAUUUCUUGACUCCUUAUGGUCCCCUCAUUUUAUAAAAACUGAUAUAUCAAUUGACAUACUUAAUAACAGAGAUACAAUUUACAUGGUUGCAUUCCUUAAUCUCAGGAUAGAGAUGACAAUUUUAUAAAUCUCUUCAAGUAUGAGAACACUAUUAGUACUAUAAAAAUCAGCAUCAGUUAAAUUUUCUCUUAAAUAAUUUUCAAUAUCAAAUUUUUAAGUAACUCAGCAGAUACAUAUUUUCCUUACCUUUGGUGAUUUGACUUAGAAAAGUCCAAGCCACGACUCUAGAAUAUUUACAUCAUCAAGUAAAAUUUCCAAGCAAAAAUUUUCAUCUUAAACAAUAUGGAAAUCAUUUUGUUACAUUAUUCUAGGAUUUUACAAAAUAUAAAUCACAUUUAGAAAAAAAGUGGGGUUUUUAUUAGCUCUAAAUAAUUAAAGGUUGCCUAAACUAAUGUGUAUGUAGACUUAACUGUAAAUAUGUAAGGGAAGUCCAAAUUAUUGUACAUUUUCAUAAUGCAAUGUGAAUUUCAUACAGAGCAGAAUUUCACCAUUAAGAAAAUAAACGUUUUGUUCUUAUUAUUGAGUGAAUAUUUGUAAUUUCUAUUUCAGCCAUUUCUGGAUUUUUUAAAAAUCCUCUGAGCUUUUGAGACUUUUUAUUAUAGUAUCUCUUCUUGAUUUCUUUGCAUGUCCCUACUUUUCCAGUAAGUCGUGUAUCCUUAUAAAUAAGAAUCUUUUAAGAGAAGUGAAUGUGUAUUUCAGGCCCAUAAUAUAUCUAACUAUAUGUUGUCUUUUUAAAAGGCAAGUUACCAUGGAGUAAACAGUAAAAAAAAUCAUAUUUCUUGUAUAUGUAACCCUUGCCCAGUUUUUAAAAAUGUUCUAGAAACAGAAAAUAGAUACCCCUGAAUAAAAAUUCAUUUUUGGGGUUAAUCCUCAGUAGGCAAAUAUAUACUGACACAGAAUAUAAGCAACUUAUGUCACCAUUUAUUAAAAAUGUCAAAUUUUGCAUUUUUCAUAUCUUUCUUAAUCUUAAGAGUCUUUUUUGGAGUGAGUUUAUUUUUAAUUUUUUUAAAAGAUUUUUUUUUUUGAUGUGGACCAUUUGUAAAGUGUUUAUUGAAGUUGUUACAAUAUUGCUUCUGUUUUAUGUUUUGGUUUUUGUUGUUUGGUUUUGUUUUGUUUUUUGGCCAUGAGACGUGGGAUCUUAGCUCCCCGACCAGGGAUUGAACCUGCACCCCCUGCAUUGGAAGGUGAAGUCUUAACCACUGGACCGCCAGGGAAGUCCCUUUUGUGAAUUUAAAGUGGGACUAGACAAAUGACAAAUGACUUAAUGGCUAAAAUGACCAGUUUUUUUUUUUUCAAAAGCACUGGUUAUGUAGUUUCUGCCUGCUCCCCUAGCCCAUGUGUGUUUGUAUACCACAUACCUCAUGUCUCCAUAUGGAAAUACUGGCAAAAUAUGGAUAUAUCUUCUCCUUAGACUCCAAUAUGGUCUUUCUUGCAUAGGGGUGUGCAUUUCUAACAACCGUGUAACUCAGGGUUUCUCAGCUCAGGCACCAUUGAUACUUGAAGUCAGAUAAUUCUUUGCUGUGGGAGGUUGUCCUGCACCAGAGGAUGUUUGCAGCAUCCCUGGCCUCCACCCACUAGAUGCCCACAGCACGCCCUCCCACCCCACCCAGUGGGACAAUGAAAAUUGUCUGUAGACAUUGCCAAAUGUCUUCUGGGUGGUAAAGUUGCCCUUGUUGAGAACCACUGAUGUAAAUUAAGGUAGAAAAAAAUUUUUCUGGCGUUAUUUACAUCAGAAUUUGCUUAACUCAUCUUUAAUGGGUACCCAGAUUUCACUGAGGCAUUCAGAAAUAGAAAAACAUACAAUGGUCUGUUUGACCUGUCCUAGGGAUGAUUAUAUAUGGUUCCCUCUGCAUUUAUAUGUUCUAAUGGCCUAGAAAAAUAAGAAUCCAGUUCUCUGCCAUGGUUUAUUAAGGAUAUUCUGUGCCGAGCCAGAUUUCACAUGCAUUUCCAUUCCAUCCAUCCCAGCAUUCACAGUUUCCACAGCUACAGAUUCCAUUCCCUGCAAGAAAGUACACAGGGGAGUCAUUAUCAUGAUCGAAAGUCACCAAGUUAAAAUAUGUUAUUCUAAACCACAGCAGUUCAUAAUCAAGACCAUUUCAUUCAUCCUCUGCAGAUUUUCUUAUUCUGUUCUGUAGCCAUCUUACCAUUAUCUUGUUUAGCAGCGAUGGGAAAUGUGAUUUUUCACAUAAUUAAUGGCAUCUGCUUGAUGCUACCAUCUGUGUAUCAUCUAAUAGUGACCAUCCUGUGUCACUCUAGGUGGCUUCCAUGUCAUAAUUUUGUUUUCCUGUAGAGAGCAAGUUAUGUCUGACUUAUGAAUAAAUGCUAAAAACCAUAAAGUCUCCUGACAUAGAAUGAGGUAAGCUGAGGAAUCAGCUAGAAGAGGAGCCCUGUGCCACAGGGACGGACAGACAGUGAAUGUCUAGCUUAAUGACAUACACAAGCAUUCAUCUUUUACCUUCAACUAGAAACAAGGAGAACAAACAUAACGUGUCUCCCUUUCCCCUGUAACUUGUUCAAGCAGAUGUAUUUUAUAACCAAUUAUCAGGAUUCAAUAACUUGGGAGAGCAGUAGCUAUGACACUGCUAAGUCUCCCUCAUCCCCGCAACACACACACCCCACUCCUUGCAGCCAACCAAUACAUCAACCGUCUUUGAAUUAGUGGUACCUGGGUCCUGUUUAAAAUAAUACUCCAUUCCCUACACCAGGCUCAAAGUAAAAUGGUUGUCCAGACGAUUAUUUUCUCUUUUCAACAUAUAACUGCAUAUGUGUGAGUUGAGGGCGUGGUUACUUUUGUCUGCCAAUGCCCACUCCCCUUCUGCGGUGACUUCCUGUGAAUAGUGGGUCUUGAUUACACAGACGCUCUCCUGCCCAGCUGUCUACGGCAGUACGCGGUGGGUAUCAUGUCUUUAUUGCCAGCUGUGACAUAGAACAGUUAGGGUAGGUUGAUACUGCACCUGUGCAAAUGAGACCAUCAUGUUUGUCGCAGUCCCUGUCAUCACAGUCGCAGAAUUCUCCCGAAAUAUACCAUUCUUCGGCAGAACAAAUGCACUUCCCACAGUGACAAGAACCUGAAAUCACAAAGGGCACUACUUGCUGUCACCACUUAACUAAAGGUUUCCGUCUAGAACAGAAUAUCAUCAGUGCAGCGACAACAGACUUCUAAUAACCUAUCCUCCAAAGGGAAAAGUUUAUUGAAUAGCCGGUCGCUCAGAGGGGAGCCUGACUUACUGUAAUUCGUAAAGGUUAUCCAGGAAAGGCUUCAUUAUGGAUCUAGACAGUUGCAAUUAGCCUUGAGCAAAUGUUCCAUGGCCCAGCCUGGUUGAAAUGUCAGUGAGAGCAGAAUGUGGUUGAUUCUUAUAGAUGGCCUUCCAAAAAAGGUAUUCAAAAAUAGAUGUUUUUAUUUUCUGAAUUGAAUCAUGCUUUAAAGGUGCUUGUUUUUAAAGGAAUUGAAUAGCAAGUUCUAAUAAGAGGGGAUGCAUUUAUUAAUAAAAGAAAUACUAAAUUAUUGUGCUUACAAUUCUGGAUUUUUGUUUACAUGAUUUUCUUAAAAUACGGACACGCCUGUAUAUUGGGUAGCUCUUUUAUUUAUUUAUUUAUUUUUUGUGAUACGCGGGCCUCUCACUGUUGUGGCCUCUCCCGUUGCAGAGCACAGGCUCCGGAUGCGCAGGCUCAGCGGCCAUGGCUCACGGGCCCAGCCGCUCCGCGGCAUGUGGGAUCUUCCCAGACCGGGGCACGAACCCGUGUCCCCUGCAUCGGCAGGCGGACUCUCAACCACUGCGCCACCAGGGAAGCCCUUGGGUAGCUCUUUAAAGUGCUAAAAAUACACACAUAAUAACUCAUGUAUAUUCAACUUAUCAGACUUCAUUCUCAGGAUUUCCUGCCAUAAUCAAGGAUAGCUCUAAUCUCCCCAAAAUGUUCAUCUUUUAUGAGGCUCUAGGUCCAACCACCUUUUCCAUUACUUUACACAUCCCCUCUUUUUAAUUAAUUAUUUAAUUAAUGUCACUAAUUAAAAAAUUCCUCUAGUUAUUAAAAACAUUUUGGUUUGCUGAGAAAUAAUUUUAUUAUUUAAAUAUGUUUAAAAGAAGAGAAAAUAUAUGGAUUAAAUGGUGUCACAAAGGGAAGAAAGCUCUCACAGUCUAAAUGUCUUCAUCGGAUGGCCCAUAAAACCCCACAUGGCAAAAUUACGUCUACAACCACAGUAAAGACACCUUUAAAAUUUAAAGGAAAACACAUAAAAAGGACUUUCCCUUCCUUCUAUUUCCUUGGACGGGUUAGUCUUUCCAAACAUGCUUUCCUUCUACUGAAAGAUGCUUAUCACUAAAUUGUUCUGGUCAAAAAUCACCUUAAGAGAUUGUGAAGUAGAAAAAAGUACUUUGACCUAUUUAACAAAAUUCCAGACUCGGUAAGUUCAAAAUUUGUCGGAGAGGGGCAGGAAUCAAUCAUUAGUGCCUCUAGGAAGCACAGUGCUUAAAAAAUGAGUUAACAAACUGAGUGAGUAAAGUGGCUAGAGAAAAGGAUUUCCUCAUACCAUGGAAUCAGGAAAGGAUCUGUAUAAACGUAUCUCGAGCAUUAAGCACUAUGUGGUAUUUCAUAUCAUGGAAACGACUAUCUGCAUUUUAGUGGCAAAAAUCCCCAAUGGCCAAGUUAAACCUUCCACAUUCCUUGUCAUGUGGAAAGUAAGGGAGUACUAGUUAUGUGCUCAGAGCUGGGUUUACCUUUGUUAAGUCCUUGCUUAAGCACAGCAUGAUUUCAUUUAGUCUUGACUUGCCUUCCUGAGGGUCUUGGUUGCUUUGCAUUUUCUUGAGUAAAAUCUAGACAACUUUCAGUUCUGAUGAGUGACUGACAGCCUGAUGGUUGCUUAGGAACCAGUGAGCGAGGCCUUCCGGCUCAGUCUGUGAGGAAGGCUGGCUCCCUCUCCGUCUCAUUCAGGUACAGUGUUACCUUAUUUUAGAGAUUUAUCCUAGUUUUAAAGAUUUCUUUCAAAUUUCUAGGCAUGGAAGUGUUCACCAUUCAACUGCUCAUUUAGUAAAUGGUUAGCAACAUAUCUGCAAAAAAAACCCCAAAAAACAAAACAACAACUUGGGACAUUUCAUUGAAAUUUCCUCAGAAAGCACCAUAUUUCGUGCUUUAUUUCCAUGAGUAAUUACUGGAAGAACUGGAUUGUUUUCAGUUGUUUCUAAAAUAGUAUUUCCUUUGCAUUCCAAAAUUAUUUCUACAAAGCAGCAGAAGUAAAUGACUUUAUCUGUCCAUGAUAGUCACAUCUUAUGCCUAGGAUAUUUUUUUUGUAUUUCGUCACAAUUCAUGAAAAGAUCUCACAUUUCAUUUUUAAACUUAACCUCUGGCCUUGGAACUAUUUUAAUUACUGCUCUUGCUUCUGGAAUGCUUAGCUUCAGUCUAUAGCAAAGUAUUUUCCUAAAACUGGUAAGCUCAGCUAAAGUUAAUAUGGUAUCAUGGAGAGACCAUUUGACAAAUAAAUUCCAGUUCCAAAAGUCUACUAGUCACUGAAAUACUUAAAGUGAAAAAUGGGGACUGAUUUUUGUAUGUGCUAUGAAAAAGUAGCUUUUCUCAGUCAGCGUUUUCCCAGCUGUGUUGUUCUUUACUGUUUGUGUCUCUCAGAGGUAGGAAGUUCUUCUGCUUGUGAAACUAGGAAUAGCAUGUAAUACUAACACAUUGUGAUCAUUAUUAGGACCUCUUAUAGCAGCGCCUUGGUUGUAAAGUGCUCUGUUUUCAUCAGUAACUGGGGGUCAAACUGCCCAUCUCUAGAAAGGGAAAAACUUAGGCAAAGGAUUCUGUCAGUCAGGCACAGGCCACAUGACUGCCAAGAGGGGAGCAAUUGUUCAGCUCAGCUGGCCGGGCUCCACUCACACCCGUGAGACCCAGUCCAGCUAUAGGGAGAAGCUGGCUCAUCUUGGCAGGAUCUCUAGGGUACUAAGUUCAUGACCACAAUAUCACUGACCCAUUUAUUGUCUUUCUUAGUAUAAGGACCCUAAAGAGUGCUCUGAUCUCCCUUCUGUGCUUCCCACUGGCUUCCAUUCCUCGGGAAUCAGCCACAUUUUCUCAUUUGUCUUCAGAGCAUCCUUAGGACACAAGAAGGGGAAAGAAAUGAAAUUCUUCUGCCUUCAAAGAUGAGAAAAUGAAAGUACAUCAGUUAACCUAAGAUUCCUAUCUGAUUCAAUCUACUCUUGUACCUACCUACCUGUGAUGCCUCUCCCAGGGAAAAAAAACAAAAACAAAAAAAACUUUCAUAUAGUUUCAAAAAAUGAGUUGUGUGUCCUACAGAUCUGCCCCAACAGCCAUAUCGGUGAGGCAACUAGAGCAUGGAGUCAAGACUGGUUUUUGAACCAUGACUUUCACCCUUUCUCUUUUCCAGAGAUGGAGAACGGGUCGGGUGGAGGGGAGGGAUAGGUGGUGGAGGUACCGUGGACUUAAUCUGGACGAUGCAUUACUCGAGUAUCAACAUAAGAGUGUAAGGGGUCAUUGAGCGACAUGCAGUUAAUCAUUGUCACACAAAAGCAUCUUUAAGGAUAUCAGAGUGGAUCACCUAGAUCUGGGUUGAAGUUAUCAGGGUAAGAAGGUUACUGUGUAUUCUUGGAUCCAAAUAAAUAAAUCCCCAAACAAACAGCCUAUAAAUUAUAUCACAUAUUCCGCAAAGGUAGCUAAGUUUAGGGGAGACCUGGCUCUGAGAUCAUCUCUGGUUAUUCCCGCAAACAACUGAGUAUAAGGGCGAGGCACCUUUGUUAGCUGCCCCAUUAACAGAGUCGGACUUUCUUUUUCAUCCAUCAAGCCUGACAAAAUGCUGCAACCCGACAUCCCAGCAGGCAGAUUUCACUAUUGUGCUAACUCUUCCAUCUGUUAUGAGGGUCACGACAAUGUGUAUCUUGUUUUAAAUUUUUCUAUGGAGUGAUUUAUUGUCUUGGCUAUAAAUUUGUAAAGAAAUAAAAUGCUAUUUCUUCAUCGUC